UUUGCUGACCGUGGUGGUGUUGUUGUUGUUGUUGUUGUUGGUGGUGUUGGUGUUGGUGGUGGGUUGCACUGGGGGUUUAUUAUCUCGACUUCGGCCCUCGAUGGUCUUCACUCUCUGAUUUUCUCAAGAGAUUUGAUUAUCGUUAUUGAGUCUUGAAGACCUGGAGUGGAUAUACUUGUCCUCUCCAGUUCUGUUCUACGUUGUCAUACUAACUUCACCUUCAUCUUCCUACUACAUCAACAUGGGCGUUAUGCGACUUCCUCGCCCCAUGGGCGUAUACGUGCCCAGUUCUCCCACCUCCAGCCUCACGAGCAACAUGAUCUCCUCGCCUCUCUCCCCGUCCUUCAACUUUGACUCGGAGACCCUGACUCCCUCCGUCCUGCCCGCCUUGGAGUACAUUUCCUCCAAGCUGCAGCAGAAGAUGAUGCACGUCACCCUGCUGGUGGGUCGUGGCAAGCCCUAUCCGACAGGCGAGCCUUCCGACCUCAUCGUCAUCCCCAUCACUCCGCUGGACGCCCAGGAGUGGCGCACCGUCUACCGGACGAUCGCCAAAGGCGCCAGCAAAUUCUCUCUCGGCCAGAGCUGGCCGGACGCCUUCACCCGCAGCCAGUACGAGCGCAAGGCCAACGACUACUUAGUCCAGCAAUCGAUCAUGCAGAACGAAGUCGUCUUCAGCCGCGAGGGUCUCACCCUGCUGAACGUCGACCGGAUCUACACCUUCAAGCGACGGCUCUGCAUCCUGUCCACGCGCGGCGAACCCAUCCACGACUCGUACAUCACCUCGUGCGUGCAGCUCCUCCACCGCACCAUCGAAGACUGCCACGGCCGCCCCUUCAGCAAGGCCUUCUUCCACCGCGUCUACGAACAGCUUGACGUGCACGAUGACAUUCUCGCCCGCGUCGCAUCCGCCUACCAGAAGCAAUACGGCGAGGAGGGCAUCGUGCUGCCGCCGCGUCCCAAGGCCGAGCUGCACAGCACAACCACCACCGCCGCCACCCGCAAAGUAGCCAAGUACCCCACUGCUAUGCGUCCCCGCAGAGACCCUCUUCCAUCUAAGUUCCGGCCUGUGGUCACCAAACGCGCCCCAAAGACACCGCUGUCCGCGUCGGAUGUCACCCCCAUCACGCGGAACGAGUGGAAAAUGCUUGUCGGGGCCGACUUUGGCCACCCGAAGCCGACAGUCACCAAGUGGACGCCAUCGCCGAUUGUCUUGACCGCGGCGUGAAGAAUAGAGGCUUCUCGUUUACCCUUUGGGUAGACAAGACUAUUGACGAUCUCUUUAUCACCAACACCCGGCCGACAUGCGCGGUGGAGAUGCCAUGCACCCACUCGCGCGAUGCCGAUAGACUACGGUCUUUCGGCAAAGUCCAUCGGUCGCCCCCGAAGUACACCCCCAUCUAUCGGAUGGUAACUGUCGGGCGUUGACGGCGCCGCGUCGGCCGUGCCCGUGUGGGUCCGGCCACCGGCCAACCUGUCGGGCAUCCCUGCUGCCCUAACAACCGUCUCAUGUAUGAGACUGACCGGUGAGAAUCUAGUCGACUCGAUUCGACUGUUCUCAUGUGUCUCGGGAUCACCGUCCAUGUAUUGUGGUAUUGGUGGACCAGACACGCUCCUCUGAGUACUUAGUACUGAGUUGAAAUACUCUGC